AUGACGACCGAAACGACCGCUUUCACAGAAGAGGAACUUUCUCAGAUACGUUCCAAGACUGUGGAAAUAAUGGGACAUCUUGAGAAAAAAGAAAUGAUACCAAAAUCUUGGAUUCGAGAUGGCCAUGAGAUUGACGCCAACGACCAGAGAUCUGACCGUUGCAUGUACUUUGAUACCCAUGGUUUCAUCAAGGUAGAUCAGUUUUCUGACAAGAAGGAAGUAGAAGCACUGCGAAACCAAAUGGGAUCACUUGCAGAACAGUGGGAUCCUUCCUCUGGAAUUGAUUCCUUUGGGACGGAUACAAAAGAGAAUCGGAGUCGAGGAGACUAUUUUUUGGAAAGCUCGAGCAAAGUUCAUUUCUUUGCCGAACCGACGGCUCUGCUGGACAAAGAGAACAAUCAAAAGGAGUUGAAACCCGAAUAUCAAACAGACAAAUUAUCCGCGCUCAACAAAUCCGGUCAUGCCAUGCACAUGAUCCCUGGCGCCUUUCAAAACUAUGCCAAGAGCGAAAAGGUUCGAAAUUUGGUCCUGGACUUGGGGUGGAAGGAUCCCGUAGUGCCACAGAGCAUGUAUAUCUUCAAACAGAAACGAAUUGGAGGAACCGUGACAUCCCAUCAGGAUUCCACCUUUUUGUACACGACACCCAAACAAUCCUGCUUGGGCUUGUGGUUGGCCCUGCACGACGCAACCUUGGACAACGGGUGUCUCUGGGUGCGACCUGGAUCGCACUGGGAAUCCACGAGGCGACAAUUCAAACGCAAUCCACUGCAUUUUGGAAAAGAGGCUGUCAAAACUAGAAGCAAUGAGGCCAAUGGUGACACGUCGGCGCCCAAGUUUGAAAUGGAGGAUUUGGACGGGGUCCAGCAGAUCCCCUGGGAUGGAGCCAUUCCGGAGGGUGGCUACGAUGCCUUGCUGGAAGCAGGAUUUGUGCCAGUGGAAUGCAAAGCGGGAGACUUGUUGGCGUUCAAUGGGGAACUAGACCACCUCAGUUUACCCAACUUUAGUGACAAACCACGACAUACAUUUCAGCUUCACAUGGUCGAGGGAGACCGAGCGGGUGUCACGUGGUCAAAAAGCAAUUGGCUGCAAUAUCCAGCCGGUCUUCCUUUCAUGAGGUUAGUAGAGUAA